AUGUCCAGCCGCGCAUCGCUUGGGUUGAGCGACUAUGCAGCGCUGUCGCCACCAAUUGAAACGGGGAUCGAGGGCCGCUCGCAUCCCACCCUUACUGCAACGUCAGAAGACUCGCCAGCUCCGUCUCGUCCGACUUCGCUAGGCCCGGACACCCUGUUAAUGGAAGAACAUGAUCCUAGUGCGCCCUUGACUGCGGGGCGAAAACGCAAGCUAAACAGCGCGUCCGCACGGGGUGUUGCCAACCUUACCCCGGAUCAAUUAGCCAAGAAGCGUGCGAAUGAUCGUCAGGCCCAGCGGGCCAUCCGUGAGCGCACAAAAAUAACUAUCGAGGCACUGGAGCAGCAGGUUCGGGAUCUCUCAUCGCAAAAGCCGUUCCUCGACCUCCAAGCUGCCUUACAACACAAUGAGCGGAUUAAGAAGGAGAACAGGGAGCUUCGUCAGGGACUCCAGGCAGCAAUGGACAUCAUUCAGCCUUUGCUGGCAAGGCCAGAAGUCCCAGAUCUACCUGCUUGCCUAGCUCAAGCGCGACCCACCCCUCUGUCCUACACACCUCCCUUCCCCGAGUCCGAUCAUUUAACUCCAACUCCAUACGCUACGAUCUCUGAAAAGCCAUACGCCGAAUCACUCGCCAGCCACGAUACACCUUCUCCUACCCAUUCUGCGCCAGCUGUAGCAAGCCGUCGCAAUAGUAGCAAUGGAAUCAUCCAGCCUGCCUCAUACCGAGCGGCAUUCUCCAAGAAUACUGCCCACGGACUAGACUUUGGUGUGGAAGAGCGACUCGGCUUCAACUUCCUUCUGGAUCCUUCACAGAAUGUCCCCAAAGUCGACCGUCUCCAACGCAGCAGCUCGGAGACCCUGCGAACCUCGCAUCCCACCCCUCCACCAAACUGCUUGCAGCCAUUGAACUACUUAUCCGAGCAAAUGCCCACCGCAUUCUCCGCACCUAUCAAAAACACACCGCCGACCUGCACUUUGGACAGCAUCCUGCUGGACUUCCUUCAUAAUCGACAACGCGAGGCCGCCCAAGGAAUCCCCAGACAGAAACUUGUCGGGCCACCGUAUCCAAGCGUCUCCUCACUACUCAACCCGGAGAAGAGUGCCAAUUCGCAUCCCGUAUCAAAGGUUUUCACGGACAUUCUACGAACAUUCCCCGAUAUCUCUUCUCUACCAGAACAGGUAGCCGUUCUAUACACCAUGUUCCUCCUCAUGCGCUGGCAAAUCUACCCUACACAGGAGAACUACGACCGACUCCCUGAAUGGCUCACCCCGCGACCAACCCAAUUGUUUCAACCACACCCCGCCUGGAUAGACUAUAUUCCCUGGCCGCGUAUGCGCGACCGGAUCACUACAUCCCACCAAGACUACCCAUUCGACAACUGGUUCAUCCCGUUUACCCGAGGCAUGUCUGUGAAUUGGCCAUACGAAGCCACGGACUGUCUAUUAUCGGCCGGUGACUCGGACGAGCUUCUCAUCAACCCCGUCUUUGAGCGACAUAUGCGCAAUCUCAACAAUUGGUCUCUUGGCACAUUGUUCGCGGAGACAUAUCCCGGUCUGGUAGAUACCACACGAAUAAGGCCGGAGUUGAGACAGGGCAACUCUCCUACUCAUUCGAUAUAG